UCUUAAAUGUUGACAUCUUAGAAGCAAAUGAAUUAAUGGUUUCUGAGCUAAAUCAUAGUGUCUUUGGACUGGGGUUGGACACAUUGGAAGAACAGGAAGAGAAAGAACAGUUUUUUGCCAGGCUUGAGAAAGGCUUGACAUCAUCCAUUGAUUAUUCCAAAUUAAAUAAAGAAUUGGAUUCUGAUGACUCCACACAAUUUAAAGCUUUACAUAGUUAUCAAGCUAAUGCAGAACUAGCUGAAGAUGACCAUGAGAAUGAAUUGAAACAUGAGGAACUGCCAGAAAAUUACAGUGAUGAUUUCGAAGCUGCAGACGAUAUUGAUGCACCUUUGAUUACUAAAGAUGAAGAGAUUCAUCCCAAGGAAAAAUCCUGAAUCAGAAAAUGUAACUAUGCCCAUCAGAUUUAUGUUAGUUGCACUUUUGACAGUUCUGUGACAACUUUCAUCAGCCUGCUGACUUCCUGUCAGAAGAGCUUGAAAUACAGAGUUCUUCAAAGUCUUGCUCAUUCUAAGCUUGUAAGUCUUAAACACUUAAGCAUUUUCUAAACUAAGGGUAUCAAUGUAAAUCUUAAAGCCAAUCUUAAAGCCAAAUCUUAGAAGCAAUGACUUUUGCUAGAUAAUUUUUAUUACAGUAAGCUUUAGAAAUGGAACACAACUAAAUUUUAACACUUUUU